UGCGCUGGAUAACAUGUGAAACUGAUCAGUGGUAUUAAUCUGUGGCAAUGACUAAUACGGGACUUCCUGACUAUAAGAACAAAAUAGAGAAAAAAACAUUCGAUAAACAAGUUCUUUCUUGCAGUGUCGUUUCAAGCUCAGACUGGACCUGUGUGAGGAUACAUAUAAAAACCAAGGCAGAAAAGGCUGUGGAAACGAAACCUAAACGCUAUGACGCUGUAUGCACCAUAUGCUGUCUACAAAAGGCUACAUCCUGUAAAGACCUUGGUGGAGGACCACAGCUGCAACUGUUGCAUUGAUGAUAGUGUGCUGCUUUCACUACGCACCAUGGGUAGACACUUCUCUGACUCAUUACCCACAGCUCAUUUAGGUGGUAACAGUAAAUUUCCAAAUGAACCACUUGACUAACCCAACUUGUCAUUUACUUGGCAUGGCUUUGCACGCGAUGAAGAGUGUCAUGGUGAGGAUUUUAGAUGAAAAAAACAACUAAAAAAAUCUGCUGAAUUUACGCUGAUGGUUCUCGAGCAAGAGCUGAUUAAUUGUAAGAACAACAGAAUCAAGUAAUUAAGACAUGGGGAAAGGCUUCUACAUCAGCAAAGCGGUGGCAAUAGUCUGCGUGGUUGCAGCCGUUGCCGCCACGGCCAUCAUCAUCGCCCUCUCCGUGGUCUACUCUCAGGAGAAGUCAAAGAAUCUAGAGGACCCUGUAGCCACUGGUGAACCCGUCACCACCACGCCCUCCACACCCAAAGACCCAUGGCAGUUCUACAGGCUUCCAGACACCCUCGCUCCGUCCUCUUACAACGUGACCCUGUGGCCCCGGCUGACGCCGAAUGCCGACGGCCUCUACAUCUUCACCGGACACUCCACGGUGAUAUUCAAAUGUGUGAAGGACACCGACCUCAUCCUCAUCCACUCCAACAAGCUGAACCUCACCACGUUUGAAGGACACCUUGCCAAGCUGACGGGCCUGAAUGGAGCCCCUGCGCCCACCCUGAAAACGACCUGGCUGGAGGUUCCCACCCAGUUCCUGGUCAUCCAAGUCAGCAGCCCUCUGAAGGCUGGCAACACAUACCAGCUCUACACCGAGUUUGUUGGAGAGCUGGCAGAUGACCUGGGAGGAUUUUACAGGAGUGAAUACACGGAAGAUGGAGUGAAAAAAGUUGUGGCUACGACUCAAAUGCAGCCAACAGACGCGAGGAAAGCCUUCCCCUGCUUCGAUGAGCCGGCUAUGAAAGCUGUCUUCCACAUGACUCUCAUUCAUCCCCUCGACACGGUGGCUCUGUCCAACGGCAUGAACAACGAGCCUAUCAACAUCACGAUGGACGGCCAGAAAGUAAAACAGACCAGCUUUGAACCUACAGAGAUCAUGUCAACCUACCUGCUGGCUUUCGUUGUGUCUGAUUUUACAUACAUUAGUUCAGGCCCAGGAGCAAAAGUUUUGAUCAGGAUCUGGGCUCGCAGGAAGGCCAUAGAGGAGGGCCAGGGAGACUACGCCCUGGAGAAGACUGGACCCAUACUGUCUUUCUUUGAGAACUACUACAAUUCUCCUUAUCCCCUGAGCAAGUCAGACCAGAUUGCUCUUCCUGACUUCAGUGCUGGAGCUAUGGAGAACUGGGGCCUGAUCACCUACAGAGAGACUGCACUUUUAUACAAUCCUGGAGUGUCGUCAAAUGGAGACAAGGAGUGGGUGGCAACUGUCAUCGCCCACGAGCUGGCUCAUAUGUGGUUUGGCAACUUGGUGACCACGAGGUGGUGGAAUGACUUGUGGCUUAAUGAGGGGUUUGCCACCUACGUCUCUUAUCUUGGAGCUGACUACGCUGAACCAACGUGGAAUAUGAAAGAUUUAAUAGUCCUGAAUGAGAUCAUCGGCGUGAUGGGGGUGGAUGCUUUGGCCUCCUCCCACCCGCUCUCAUCCAAAGAGGAGGACAUCCAGAGGCCAGAGCAAAUCACUCAGCUGUUCGACUCCAUUACAUACAGCAAGGGAGCUGCUGUCCUCAGGAUGCUCUCAGAGUUUAUCACUGAGGCCGUCUUUUCCCAAGGACUCCAUACGUACUUAGAAGAGUUCAAGUAUAAAAACACCGUCUACCAAGACCUGUGGAGGCAUCUGCAAAUGGCAGUGGAUAAGGCAGGCAUUAAGCUGCCCCACCCUCUGGAGGAAAUCAUGAACCGGUGGAUCCUACAAAUGGGCUUGCCAGUGGUCACCAUCAACACCCAGACUGGAGCAAUCUCCCAGAAACACUUCCUGGUGGACCCAGACUCUGUGGUGGACCGACCCUCUGAGUACAAUUACGAGUGGUUUGUCCCAGUUACCUACAUUAAGACUGGUGCAGCUGAGCAACAGUACUGGCUUGUUCAAAAAGAAGCUACAAACAAAGACAUGGCUCUUGGUGCUAAUGAUUGGUUGGUGGCCAACAUAAAUAUGAAGGGCUUCUAUAGAGUCAACUAUGACGAUGGCAACUGGGAACGUCUCCUGAACAAGCUGAACUCCCAACCGAAGGAUAUUCCAGUGAUCAACCGGGCUCAGAUUAUCGACGACGCUUUUAACCUCGCAAGGGCAAGGAUUGUGGAUGUAACUCUGGCUCUGCGUACGACCAAAUUCCUGGAUAAAGAAGUCGAGUACAUGCCUUGGGAGACAACCACGAGAAAUUUAAAUUAUUUCUACCUCAUGUUUGACCGCAGCGAAGUGUAUGGACCCAUGCAGGCGUACAUCAAAAAGCAGGUCACUCCUCUGUUUGAACACUUCAGAGACAUCACUCUCAACUGGACAAAGAUCCCUGACGGUCACACCGACCAGUACAAUCAGGUGAAUGCAAUCUCCUUGGCCUGCAGCACAGGAGUGCAAGGCUGCAGAGAGCUGACUACUAAGUGGUUCAAAGAGUGGAUGGCAAACCCAGCCGACAACAAAAUUAAUGUCAACUUGAAGACCACAGUGUACUGCAACGCCAUCGCAGCAGGAGGUGUGGAGGAGUGGGACUUUGCAUGGGCCAUGUUUAAGAAUGCUACCAUCGCCUCAGAAGCUGAGAAAAUUAUGUAUGCUCUGUCUUGCACCAGACAGCCCUGGCUGCUGAACAGGUAUCUGGAGUAUUGUCUGGACCCAGAUAAAAUCCGCAAGCAGGAUGCCACCGCUACCAUUAACUACAUUGCUGAUAAUGCCGUCGGUCAACCUUUGGCGUGGGACUUUAUCAGAGCCCAGUGGGACCACAUAUUCAACGACUAUGGUGGUGGAUCAAUGUCCUUUGGAAGACUGAUUUCUGGAGUGACCGAACGUUUCUCCACUGAGUUUGAUUACAAUCAGCUGCUGCAGUUCAAAGAAGACAAUGCCGAUCAGCUGGGCUCAGCAGCCACGUCCUUUGAGCAGGCACUGGAGAGAACCAAGGCCAACAUUAACUGGGUGGCCCUGAACAAGAAACCGGUGCUUGACUGGUUCAACAGUGAAACCUCUCCUGCAGUUUAACAACCCAAACAUUCGUCCCAGUACACAGUUUUCAAAUGUACUGUAAUUUGCUCUACGAAGCUUUACUCCAACUGCAGGCUUCUAAACUUGUAUGUAUAUUCUAAUUGUAAUGGAGAUUUUUUUAAUGUAAAGUUUUGAUAAAAUAUUUUUAUUGUUAAAGAUUAUUUGAUACCAGUUUUAUAUGUGGAAAACGUGUUAUAUGCUGCAUGAACUGAAUGAAAAUCGCGGAAAAAAAAAGAAAGUGAAAUUGUGUGCUCACCAAUAUUUUUACAUCCUUUGAGGAUGCAAAUGUAAAUAAAAUAAAAUUAAUAAAUAAAUAGUAAAAAUUG